AUGGAUUUGCGCACGAUCAUGAACAGUGAUGCGGCGGCCACCUCGGCCCCGUCGCCUCCUUCGCAUCAAUCCUCGUCGCAACCGUCGCGCAACCCUUCGGACUCGGCUACCCAUCCUUCUCGCGACCAACACGCUUCUUCUUCUUCGUCCUCCUAUCCGGCGCCCGGAUAUCCUCCUCAGCCGCCACCACUGCAGCGACCGCAUGCUACACCAGACCGUUCGUCUUCAUACGGCUCCCUGCAAUCCCCAUAUCAGUACCAACCGCCAUCCGCAUCCACCUUCGGUCCCAGCGCGCAAUCCCAACGAGGCCCGAGUCCUCCGGCACCGCUUCCUCCCCCUCCCCCCUAUGGCGCCUCUGCGACGCGAGAUUCGUUUGGGGGUCCUGCCCCCUACAAUUCCGCAUCGCAGCCACCGCCGCAACAACAGUCGCCAUACGCGCAACAACGCUCGCACUCCUUACAGUCUGUGACGACCCCCUAUUCGUCCUCCUCCCACUCAUUCCAUCCCAGGGAUAGCCCCACGGCUGCAGCUCCACUCUCUUAUCCGUCGCAGCAUUUCUCCCCUCCCGCGCAGUCGUCGAUGCCAGGCACACCUCGUGGCUCGGUUGCACCUUCGUAUUCACGCAAUACCCCUCCGUCUUCCGCGCGACCCCACUCAUCUGGCCAUGAUUCCCUGUCUAACCGAGCUUCGAGCCCAUGGGUGGGAUCGGAUGCUCCGGUCCAUAUGUCCCCGACCUCCGUCCACCGCGUCGCGCGCCCGGAGUCAAGGCCCGACCAAAUCUCGCGACUUCAGUCCGUGGGUGCAGACAGAAGGGAAAUGGAGGACAGUGUGAGUCCUAAGACUGCUUUUCCCCCAGGCUCUCGACAGGAAAGCGCGGUGGGACAUCUCGAUCAACGACACCAGCGUCAAUUAAACCACGUGGAGAACGGCGCGGAUGUGAAGGAACGGCGGUCGAGUGGCUUGGACUCCCAUCCCGCGCAUUCUACGAUCCCAAUGGAUAGUUCACCACCCCCUCGGGGCUCCAUGUCGACAGAGACCCCUCCCGCAGACCAAGCCCAUUCGGUGGCGUCGAAAGGACCGCAAGAUGUGAAGAUGAAUUCAAGCCCCAGCGUACCCCGAGUGAAACGCCGUCGAUACAACGAACCACCAGUAUAUGCGAGAAGGAUGGAGCGCACAAAGGGCCGGUGUCCAUUGAUUCCGAAUCCAAUUGCGCCUAUCCCGAAGCACGCGAGACACUCUGCUCAAAACCCCUGGGCCCUGCGACAGCGACGGAUCUCAUCCCAACCAUCCGCCACGGAUCAUCCCAUCAAGGCCAAGGUCGAAGGUUCUCCAGCUAAUGGGCCACCGGCCACCCAGACAGUCCCCCAGCCUUCCCAGACUGGGAGCUUGGGGCCGUGGGAGCCUUCCAUCACGGGAUAUAUACCGCACGAAGAACUGACGAAAGUGGUGUGCGAUUUCCUGUUUCAGCAUGUGGUCCUCAGAAACGAUGCCGCGGCGGCUCCUGCAGGCACAGCAGCCGCUGGUCAGGGACCGAUCAUCGAGGUGGAAGCUAAACUGGGCCAAAUCAUCGACAUGGACCGAGGCGACCGACUCCAACUUCCGGUGUUAACGGAGACCAUUAUAAAUAAGGAAAAUACCCGCCUCCGAACAGCUUUCGAGAGCCGCAUGUCAUUGCUAACAGGUAGCAAGGCUCAACAUCGCGUCAUGAACAACUUCCUGAAUGAAGCUGUCAAGGCUUCCAUGCCGCAUGCUGCCCCUGGACGCAUUCCCCUGUCGUACGCGCAUAAGAAGGAGCGGGAUACAUUCUACGAGGUUGCCCCGUCUGAACUCCCGCCUAUCAUCCGGCAAAAUCUCAACCCUCGUCACAAGCCGAAAGUUCGUGUUACUGUCGACCAGCGAACAGGUGAAGUCCUCGCCAAGAUCGUGAAGUGCCGGAUUGCAGAUCUCGAUAUCUACAGCCCAAGUACCACGGUAGAUUGGCGCCUCAGCGUGAAUCUGGAAAUCAGCUACGACGGGGAUGUCAGCCAUCUACCAGUGGUCGACGCCAGUCGCGGUCGCGGUGGAGAUCGAAACAAAGAUCGGAUGAGCUACCGGCAUUUGGCCUACCAGAUCGAUCUUACGCAAGUAGCCAAGUCGGAGCCGCCAACCAAAGGCGAUUUCGAACACGAACUCGAAAUCGAAGUCUCCGCCGCCGAGAUCCGCCGCCAGGGGAAGCUUGCCAUGUCCGGUGACCCCAAGAACCAGUACGAGGACUUGAUCAAAGGGUUCGUGGACAACGUUCGUGUAUUAGCACGAGCUGUGCCCAAGUGA